AUGGAUGCCACAGCGAGCGGAACCCCAACUAUACAAUACCAUAACAUUCCUGACCAGCCAAUUACCACUAUUGUUGUUGCCACUCCUGUACCAACAUUCGAAAGGCGGCAACGCCAUUGCUUUGGGACCUCCAUCCCCGGAGAAUUCCCUUUAGCUGCCAACCCCUCCAUUGUCCUUCAUGUCCUUACUGCAUGCAAUUUGGAUCCUCAAGACCUUGCAAAGCUAGAGGCAAGUGACCUGUUGCUCUCAAGUUUGGCAACAUGCUCCUUUUUCAGGCAGCCUGCAAACUUUGCUCCUGACUUUGAAUUGUCCAUGUCAGAGCUUGCUGCUCUGGACAUGUGCCAAAAGAGAGGUAUAUUUAAGCCAAUGACAGCUGAGCAACGUCAAGAAUUGAAGCAAAGAUGUGGGGGUUCAUGGAAACUGGUCCUGAAGUUCUUGUUGGCCGGAGAGGCAUGUUUCAGAAGGGAGAAAUCACAGGCAAUAGCAGGGCCGGGUCACAGCAUUGCUGUAACUUCAAAAGGAACUGUCUAUUCAUUUGGCUCUAACAGCUCAGGACAGCUUGGACAUGGCACCACUGAAGAGGAAUGGCGGCCUCGGCAAAUCAGAUCUUUGCAAGGCAUUCGAAUUGUUCAGGCAGCUGCUGGGGCUGGCAGGACAAUGCUGAUCAGUGAUGCUGGGAAAGUUUAUGCCUUCGGAAAGGACUCUUUUGGCGAAACUGAGUACGGGGUUCAAGGAUCAAAGCUGGUCACUACUCCACAGUUGGUUGAAUCUUUGAAAGAUAUAUUUGUGGUGCAAGCUGCAAUUGGAAAUUUCUUCACAGCCGUGUUGUCAAGAGAGGGCAGGGUAUAUACAUUUUCUUGGGGCAACGAUAGCAAACUUGGUCACCAAACUGAGCCAAAUGAUGUUGAGCCCCAUCCUUUGUUGGGCGCACUUGAGAAUGUACCCGUGGUACAAAUUGCAGCGGGAUACUGCUACCUUCUUGCUCUGGCUUGUCAACCUAAUGGCAUGUCCGUUUACUCUGUUGGCUGUGGCUUGGGUGGGAAGCUUGGACACGGUUCAAGAACUGAUGAGAAGCAACCCCGACUUAUUGAACAGUUUCAGCUUCUGAACCUUCAGCCUAUGGUUGUUGCUGCUGGUGCUUGGCACGCCGCUGUGGUGGGCCAGGAUGGACGGGUCUGCACAUGGGGCUGGGGCCGUUAUGGGUGCUUGGGUCAUGGGAAUGAGGAGUGUGAAUCAGUUCCUAAGGUUGUGGAAGCAUUGAGCAAUGUGAAAGCAGUGCAUGUUGCUACAGGGGAUUACACAACCUUUGUGGUUUCCGAUGAUGGUGAUGUGUACUCAUUUGGUUGCGGAGAAUCAGCUAGUCUAGGACAUAGUACUGCUACCGACGGACAGGGAAAUAGGCAUGCAAAUGUGUUGGCACCAGAGCUUGUGACAUCGCUGAAGCAAGUGAAUGAGCGGGUUGUACAGAUCAGCCUCACCAACUCCAUAUACUGGAACGCUCACACUUUUGCACUCACUGAAUCAGGGAAGCUAUACGCAUUUGGAGCCGGGGACAAAGGGCAGCUUGGCAUUGAGCUUGUUGCCAACCAGACUGAAAGGGGAAAUCCAGAGCAGGUUGAUAUUGAUCUCAGAUAG